GUAUGUAAAAGGACAUCGAAUCAAUGUGUCUGAGCGACCAUUGUCCCGAAGUGUGAAUAGCUGUUGUCGCAGGCCCAGGGCAGAGAAAUGAUCUCUACAGGGUCAUUUUGAGUGGUGUACUUUAGUAUUGUGCCAAAUCUGUACAAAUCUUAAAUGGAAGCGGUGUACACUGCAAAACAACUAUCUCAAAAAGAAAAAAAAAAGACAUCUUUAGCUCACUUUGUUUUGUGAAGAGGUAACAUCGUCAAGCGAUGCAAAUUCAGACAUGUGCAACGGGGAUUCCGGUUUUCACGAACUAACCUCCUCAACCGGCAGCGAUCUCACCAACACUGAUGGAGUGUGCUCGGAUAAUGACAACCUUGUGACAGCGGGUGUGGCACGCGAAGUGGACAGUUCAGGCCAUCUCUUCCUUGGAGCUCUAGGCACUAUUGAUGUGGCAUCGAAGGAUGACAACAUCUGUGAUGAUGAUGCAGACGAAGUGGCUUCUACCGUCAGUGAACUGUCCGGCCUUUCUGACCUCUCAGAUCUAGCUGGAGCUGAGUGGAAGCCAACUAGUGGAGAAAACUCUCGUGGUAUGGAUGCAGGACCUAUGGGCUGGGUACAGCGUCAGAUGAGUGUGGGCGCGGACCCACGAGCUCUUUUGGAACGCCUGCUGCCAGAUGGAGCAGUGAUUCCCCCCAGUCUUGAUCGGCUGACCCUGUGGAAAGUUCUGAUCAGUAUGCUAAGUGAGGAGGAGCCUCCUCGACGCACCAAGCUGGAACAUGUGAAUACCCUGGAUGACGUGGUUCACCUUCUGCGCAACUGCCAGCGAGUGCUUGUGCUCACUGGAGCUGGCGUUUCAGUCUCCUGUGGGAUCCCUGACUUCCGUUCGCGAAAUGGAAUUUAUGCACGCUUGAACAAAGAUUUCCCAGCACUUCCAGAUCCACAGGCUAUGUUUGACAUUCACUAUUUUCGUAAGGACCCAAGACCUUUCUUCAAGUUUGCCAAGGAGAUCUAUCCAGGUCAAUUCACACCAUCUGCUAGCCACAGGUUCAUAAAGCUACUGGAGGACAACAACAAACUCCUGAGAAACUAUACACAGAACAUUGACACGCUUGAACAAACCUGCGGCAUUCACAAUGUCAUCACAUGCCAUGGUUCUUUUGCAACGGCGUCAUGCACAAGAUGUCACCACAAAGUUGACUGCAACAUGAUCAAAGAGGAGAUAUUUAACCAGAGAAUUCCAUUGUGUCCGAAGUGUAGCCUGGAAGAAGUAGAAGCAAGUGGGGAAAUGGCAGUCAUGAAGCCUGACAUAGUGUUCUUUGGAGAGGGUCUCUCCCAGGAGUUCCACCAAGCCAUGAGCCAUGACAAAACACAAUGUGACCUGCUCAUUGUCAUGGGCUCCUCACUCAAAGUACGCCCUGUGGCCCUUAUACCCAGUUCCAUUCCCCCGGAAGUACCCCAGAUACUGAUCAACCGUGAAUCACUGAAGCAUGUCACUUUUGAUGUCGAGCUCUUGGGUGACUGUGAUGUCAUCAUCAAGGAAUUGUGCAACAGGCUUGGCUGGGAUGUUGCUCUUAGUGAUGGGCCUGUGGCACCGUUGACAGAAGUUACAUCACUGCCUCCACAAGUAUCCAACAGGCCAUCAUCGGAAAUGAAAGCGCCUGCUGAGUCGAGUGGGACCACAGCAUCAGAUGAGAAUGGAAACACCCCGACUAGCAGCACAUCAGUUGCAGAAGAAAUCGUGCCAGAUUCCACCAGUGCCGAUAUGGUUCCCACAGUGGAAAGCCAGGUUGACAUCUUGGAUUGCUCCUCCGAGUUUCCUUGGAAGCCAAGAACUAGAGAGAGCGUUGCCUCCAGACUACCAGAGGGUCACUUCCUCUUUACGCCACCAUCCACCUACAUCUUCUCCGGGGCAGAAGUCUAUGUGGACUCUGAAGAUUCUGACAGUCCUGGGGCCUCCUUUACUGGUGAGGAAGAGGAAGAAGCUGAGUCUGAUUCUGAGUCAUCACGCUCAUCCUUCAGCUCAGAUGAGGAUGGCAGCCCUGCACACACAUCUGGCCUGGAGAGUCCAUCACAGGGAAACACCAUGGACUGUGACCAAACUGAGCAAAGUUCUGCCGCAGCAAGCACUACACCGCUUGUUAGCAACCUAAAUGAGUCUAUUGUCAUCAAGGCACGUGUUUCUGAAGAAGAAGGCUCCAGUGAUGUCGAAUGCAACACUCUUCGUUGCUCCUGAGGUCCUGGACUCCUCUGCCCGUCAAGAACCACGGCUCCUUGUCUUGCUUAUUUAUUGGUAGCGCAUCCCCCACAGUCUUAUGCAGUCAGCCUCUCCUGCAGCCAGUAGACUUGCGUAUAAGCAGGUCUGUUGGUCUUGCACUCCAUUGGUUGUUAUAAAUGGUUUUUGGCUUUGUGUUCUCCUGCAUUGCCUUGGGCAAGAUCCUUUGGGGCAAGUGUUAACAUGGAGGUGCUGUCGCACAUUUCCUCUGAGUGGCUGUGGGCUGGCUGCAUGUUCUAUCAUCCCGAUGGUUUCUUGCUUUUAUGAGUCAUUCACAGUCUAGGGCAGCAUUCUCAUGCUAAUGUUAUUACAUACUGUUUUCCUUAUGAACUGUAUUGCAUCUUCUCUGAGAUACUGUGCUCAGUCAGUGCAUGUCACUUAGGCAAUUCUGUUGAACCUGGCUGCAAUGCAUGUUGUCCAAGUGCAGCUCCAGAACAUUUGUGGUGUUUCUACUACUAUUCUCAAUGAAGAAGUUCUGUGUCAUGUUGUGACUGUUGUGUACUGCUUGCCCUCGUGGGAUGGAAAUGUUGGCAUACAGCCCCCCAGCCAGUACACAUGAUAGAGACACUUUGCCAAGACUCUAUGAGGUCCCUUGCCACAGUAUGCGUGUACAUAUGCUAACCCUUUAUGCUUUUUGGAAGCAUUUUUUAUACUCAUGUUUUUGUUACUUUGUUGAAAUGUUUAUAUACUGUCCUCAUAUUUUACUUUCAGAAUUUUCUAUGUAUCUUUAUUUUCAUAGGUAAUGAUUUAAGACACGCGGUGCAGAGGAUUCAGUUGGGAUGGUGUAGUUGUUGGUUUUGUACACAAAAUGUAAAUAUGCAGUUCUGUUGUCUUAAGCCAUGUGUGUUUAUGCUGCCUCUGCACAUUUUGCAACACAAUUAUUGCAUACAAUUUAUCCAUUUGCACGGUACCACUAAGUCUUAUACACCUUUGUGCUGUUUCCGUUGAUUAAUCACUCUUCGCCCUUUCUUAUAUAUUCUUAUUGUGUGAAUACUUGUGUGCAUGGUAAAUUAUGGAAUUCAACAUUGUAAGGUACAUUUGCUUGUAUGCAGUCAAUCAUGUUGAAAGGCAGACUUGUUUACUGUCUCAUGAUUUUAUGAGAAACCAGAGAAAAGAAAAAAAAUGUAAUUUUCUCUUUACGAUGCAUAUUGUUAACAGCUGUGAACGGUGUGUUGCAAGAAGUUUGGCUUCACUCAGAAGUGUGGUAGCCUAUGGGGGCCCCUAAGCUCGGGUCAACCUUGCUCAGGUUUGGGUGUAAGUUUCCUAGAAAGCACAUGCUGUGGGCCUAUCCUCAUAACAUUUUAUUUCUCCUUGUUCUUUCAGAACUUGUGUUACUUUUGUCUUAGGCAAUAUCCUUCAUAGAGCUGUCCAGCUUAUAGGUUUUCUUUUUUUUAAGGCUGUUAUCACAAUUGCUGCUGUGUAUGCAUCCACACCCUUGCCUCUGCAUUGCUGAGUUGUUUGCUGUUAUUGUGAUGCUUUGGUAGUGCAGCAGCAAUGACUCAAUGCCUAGAGACUUGUAUCAUCCACUACAAAUUGGUGGCUUGUCAUUAGUAUCGAGAAUGAACACUGGCGUCGCUGCAGCUUUGGCGAAGUAACGUAAUAGUGAGGACUCGCCUGCUUCGCUGCCGACGCAUGCACACAGCUGCUUCCAUCCGAGCCCGGCGCAUACCCACUCUUCCGCAAUACGGUGGUGAUUUCUCAUCUCAAUUGUGCUGUGUAGAUCUCGCAAGGUACAAAGUGAAAGUAUUUAUUAUCAUCAAAAGUUAACUAAGCAGCAGAAAGUAUGGUUAAUAUAGCUUAGGAUGGGGAACUCCCAUCUGAACAGAUGAUCCACUUUGAAAAAUAGUGUGUAGAACUGCGAGACAUCAGUUUUUUUCACCGUGCACGUAAUCCACAAAAUUGGUGCUAAGAAAAUAUCCGUGCGAAAUGGGUCUAACUUCAUUACAACUUGGGGUAGACUACUUGAUUGAACAUGUGUUGCAAAGUAUUACAAAUAAAAUUAGGACGUUUUAAGUUUACUAACAGCAUUGCGAUUUACCGUGCAAGUUAUGUCUGCCUCUGUAAAUAAUGUAGGUCAUUUGACAGAAUUCCAUUUCUACUGCAGGAGACUAUAUAAAUAUGUCUGUCGCACACAACCAGUUUUAACAUUAAGGAAAUUUAAGUAAUAUGCUGCAACGUGCACAAUGGUUUCUGGUAUUCUGAGACCUAGGUAUACUUUGAUCUUAUUGGCAGAUUUGUCUUUAGCAGUCAUCAGGGAUUAUGUAGUCGCAUACCCUGAUUUACGCAAAUAGCUGACUCGAUCUACCGCCAUACAGCAAUUUGAAGACAAAGGGCGUAACAUCAUUUUCUAGUGGCUUCCAGGCCACUUUGGCAUGCCUCCCACCUGGCGGUGCCACUCCAACUUCUCGGGGCUAAUAGUGUCACAUUGUGACAAUAUUUGAAUGGUUUGCGCUCUUGCAUUCAUGACAAGGUGAAAAUCUAUACAGAAUUAAUGGCGAUACAAUUUUCUGUGCCGUCAAACACAAGCACUUUGAAAAAACGCACAGCAGCUUUUGGAGUUACGUUGCACAUAUGAGUUUGAUUCACUCUGUAUCUUUUUGUUGCCACAUUUAUGUCCAUGUUAUGUUUUAUGUCCAGUCGUGGGCAUUGUCUUGCUUUCUCUUGUGUUAGAGCAUUCUACAAAGUAUAGGGCUGAGUGCAAUUGUACAUGUGUGUGUACCCUGCCAUUUCUUAUUUGUCAAAGAUGUUCCUUUGUAUCUGUUGUUUUAGUUGUCAUCGGUGAGCGAAAUUGUCACUGUUAGAAGUGUAUUCUUCAAGCUACUGCUCUUGCAGGACUAGCAGCAAUGUUUUCCUCUACUUGCCCAUUUUGUCUUAGUGAGUCUGAACAUUUCUGGAAUGGCAGAGUCUACCAAAGCUUCUGGAACGAUGAUGAUUGUGUAGGUGGCCGAUUUUUGGAACUGGCAAAAUCCUUACUGUUUUGAUCUAAUAAACUGUUUGUCCUCAGUUAUUGGGUGUAAGGAACCAUUAUUACUUUUUUUCAUUGCCGAUCAGUUGAUUCUUGUAAUAUAUGCUGAAAUAUUUGUAAAUAGCUUAAUAUUCUUGUGUUGUGACGUAUUUUUUAAUGGUUUCUGUAUAUACCCCUGCACCUUAUUUAUUAAGUGUCUAGGAAAGGGUGUACCCUUCUUAUUCAACACUUGUGGACUAAAAUUAACACUGGAAAAUGAAAUGAAUGAGGUAGCAUUAGGCCUUGUCUACUGUCUAUUACAUUGUUGUGUGCUUGGUGGUUUUAUGUAAAAAAAAUACAAUACCGUUAUCUUUCUA